UGGGACUGCCACAAACAAAUGUCAAAUUAAAAUAUUUACGAACGCGUUAUGGAGUUGUGAAUUUGUUUGUGAUACUGUUUAUUAUAAAAAGCCUCCUUCUAUUUGUGUUGUUAUAAGUUAACCAGAUCAAUUGUAUUACUUCCAUUUGUCUAAGUUAAAUAAUCCGUAAUCGCCAUGGGAGAUGAGGAUGUUAUUCGCAGGAGAUUGCUUAUAGAUGGAGACGGUACAGGAGACGACAGGAGAUUAAAUGUGCUUCUGAAAACUUUGAUAAAAUGGUGUAAUAGCACUGACGAGAAACCCGAAGAGAGCAAGGCAACCCACGAUCGAAUGCUAGCUCAACUAGCGCAAUGUGAAUUUGCAGUAACCAAAUCGCAACUCGGCUCAGAAAUGAUGGCAGCAGAAUUAAAAAGUUACGAAGCCAUGUCGAAAGUGCUCGAAAAAUCUAUAGAAGUAGCCAAAAGCAACAUAGAAAAGAGUAAAGCGGACUUAGCUCAAGCAAAGACAGUACGCAAAAAUCGCAUAGAGUAUGAUGUAUUGGCAAAAGUAAUAAGUGAACAGCCUGAUAGAAAGGAGACUUUAGAACGUUUGGGCACUUUGAAAACAGAACUGGCCAGUUUGGAAUCUACUAAGCAGCAGUUGGAAAGCCGUUUAGCUUUAAGAAAAAAGCAGUUCCAUGUUUUGGUUACUUCAAUACACCAGUUGCAAGCGUUGUUGGAUGAACCGGAUGACACUGAGUCAGUUUCUGAUGAUGUUGAUAUGAAGGAUAUUCUGAAUGAACCUUAGAAUUCAAUUAAUAUAGAGUAGAGCUAUUCUUGUUAAGUAACUUUCCUCAUAGAUUUAAAAUAGCAUUAGAGUAUAUGUAUCAACCUCAUCAUAUGAAAGAACAUAUAUUUAGACACCUGUCAAUUUUUUAUCUGCAAGGAAAUGAUUUUAUUUUUGUAAUGAGAUUAGGUACUGCAACUGAUAAGUAACAUUUUGUAUCAUGACUGUUCAUCAAUAUAAUGAAACAUUAUUUCUGAGAGUGUA